AUGCUUAGUUUGGGAGUUGUGUCACCUUCACAGUCAGCUUGGAACUCACCUGUAGUAAUGGUUCAGAAGCCAAAUGGGGACCUAAGGCUUUGUCUAGAUUGUAGAAAAUUAAAUGCAGUUUCCAAACCCGAUGCGUAUCCUCUCCCGUAUAUAAGCAGCAUAUUGGACCAGCUCCGCGACGCGAAAUACCUAACGUCAAUAGAUCUUUCCGCUGCAUAUUGGCAAAUACCCUAUGAUAGCGAGCAAUCAGCUGAUAAGACCGCGUUCACAGUGCCACGUAGGGGGUUAUUUAGAUUCAAUGUAAUGUCGUUUGGCCUUGUUUCCGCGUCAAGCACAAUGCAGAGAUUAAUGGAUAGGCUAUUUGGUCCCGAAUUUAACAACAAAGUAUUCUGUUUCCAAGACGACAUAAUCAUAAUAUUCAGCACUUUCUCAGAACAUGUGCAGCUCUUGCAUAAGGUCUACGCAAAACUCAGGGACGCAAACUUGACUAUAAACAUGGAUAAGUCUAUCUUUUGCCGUAGAGAACUUAAGUACUUGGGAUAUUUAGUUGACAAACAUGGACUUAGAACUGAUCCGGGAAAGGUAGAUAUUAUAUUGAAUUAUCCAACUCCAACUUCCGCUAAAGAGGUUAAAAAGUUUCUAGGCAUGACAGGAGGUUCAUUAACAAUUUUUCGAAAAUUAGUAAACCGUUGA